AUGGUUGUCGGGAAGUCGCCGGAGUGGCUCCCGUCCGGUUUUACCGAGAAGGUGAAGUACAGAAAUGGGAAGAAGAUUAAGUACUACUGCAAUGAUGCAAUGGGUACAAAAUAUUAUUCCAAGAAAGAUGUCUUAAGUUGUGCUACAGCGGGAAAUGAUCUCAUUGGUACACCUCAAAGUCAAUCAUCAAAUGACAACGACAAGGGAAUUUUCUCUAGUGGCAAAGCUGAAGCUGGGUUGGACACAACAGAUGAUUCACCGAAAUGGUUGCCCGAUGGGUGGACAGUUGAGAAGAGAACACGAGAAAGGGGUUCAACCAAAGGAUUAGUAUACAAGGUAUAUACUGACGUGUCAACUGGAAACAGAUUUUAUUCGAGGGCAGCUGUCACUCGAUACUUGAAUUCCCUCCCCAAGACCUUACAAACUAAAUGUGACAGUGUGGAUGUAACAUCCACAAGCAAGUCCCAACCAUGCAUGUCAAUGACAAAUACAGAAGACAUUCCUGAAGAGAAAAAGGAGAGUAUCACAAUGGUUGCCACUGAGAGGAUUGCAGCUGAUGACCUGCCUCCAGGCUGGAUAAAAGAAAUCGUAACAAGUAAAUCGGGGAGUAAAAUUAGAAAGGAUCCGUACUAUAUCGACCCGGUAAAUGGCUAUGCUUUUCGUUCUAAACCAGACGCCUUGCGGUACGUUAGCACCAAUGAUAUUCGUAACUGUGCUAUCAAACCAAGAAAAAGGGAGUCGAGUGAGCUGAAUCUGGUAAAGAAUGAAGUCCAGUCUUCAAUUCCAGCUCCAGAGAAAUUAUCAGAGCAAACACGACAGCCUCUUGACAGUGGAGAAUCUAAUCCAUAUGGAGAAAGCUCUGAUAUAAAACCUCCAGCAAAUUCCGAAGCCAAAUUAUCAAAACAGACGAUCAUCAACGAUGACUACUCUGGUGAAGCCAAUUGGCUCGAACCAGAAAAUAAAGCCCCUGAAAACGAACCCGAGCAGCAACCUCCCAUAUCCGAGACGAAGCAAACAACCGAGAAAAAAACUCCUAGGAACUCGAAAAACCCCAAGAAAAGAAAAGAUCCAAUCUUUCCUUCACGGGGCUCGAAGAGAUUGUCCAGCACUGUGCUACCCGAGACACCACCCGAUUCAGUUGUGACCCAACGAUCUCUUAAGGCAGCAGCUAGAAGACCCUCAGCCACUGAAGAAGCUAUUAUAUCCCCAAAAUCUCCGGCUAAAGUAGUAGUAGUCCCUCCACCUCUGGAAAACGAGCGUUCCGGCAAGAAAACUCCAGAAGAAACUCAACAGCCAAAUUUCGGUACAGAAAAUCCUCCGAACGAUGCCUCGAUUGGCCCAGAAGGGCAAACGGGUAACAACAACACGCUAGAAUCACAGCUCUGUUACGAUUUUGGCGACUCUUGGUCCGACCCGUUGGAAUUCGCACUCAAGACUCUGAGGGGCGAGAUAUCGAUCGACGAUACACUGGCUGCAUUCCCGGGCUGCUUCAAUGAGAAUCUCAACGUGCCUUGUAACAACAAUAAUUAUAACAACAGCAAUCAGUUGGAUGGAAUCUUGGGACCACAACUGUCCCAUCAGCUCGACUUGCCCGAUAUUUCCAGAAAUGACGAAAAUGCCCCCGGUUGCGGAUCUUCUGGGAAGGAAAGUGGGCCCGACUCGUUGCAGGGGAAUUCGUCUGACUUGGGAAAUAUCGACUUGCCACCGGGUUUUAGCUGGAACAAGGAUGGCCAUAGAAAGUUCAACCCUUAA